AAAAUGCCCGAACAGCUCGUCCUUAAACCUCAAACCUCAGAACCUUCAAAACCAAAACAACCCCUAGGAUGAGUAUAAAACACCUAGCGUGUCGACGCACUAGCCAUGAAAAGCGUGGCACAGCCAGACGCCGCUGCGGACCCGAGGCAGCCCGGCGCGCGGUUGCUGCUCCCCACCGUGCUGCCCCUGCGCGGGUGAGUGGAGUACCGCCCGCCCCCCAUCCCAUCACACUACAAGAUGGCGCACAUGGUGAAAUCCACCUUCCUGAUGCUCGUCGCGAACUUCGUCCACAGUCCCAGCUCCUUGCGGUCAGGAGAGGUGCCUACGCUGCUCGACGUUUCGUCCAUCGCGGGGGUGGACGCCACAAGCGUGGUUGAGGUCGGCGCCGUCGUCGUCCCCGCAGCCAUCUACACCAGCAUUUGGCUCUGGCAUGGUCCGUCGCCUCGUCCCUGGGUCAUUAUUAUUGACUUCGCCCUGGACGGCACCGCCCCGGCGAGAGAGGCGCGGCGACGACGCCAUCGCCGCGCAAGAAGCUACUCGUCGAUGGCCCUCCAUGCCGAUGCGACGUACACCGUCCACUUCGGCGAUGGCACAAACUUGACUGGUGUGCGUGAAGCAUGUUUCGCCGCCGCGCCCGCUGCAGCGAAGGCGUCGACCGUGCUCGCGGCCACGUCCAUGGGGUCCUGCGCGGAUACCGUCGAACUCAAAGUCGAAGAUAUGAGCACGGGCAACUGCUUCGUGUACUCGUGCCGCAAGACGAUGCCCUUGUCAGACGUGUGGGAGUCCUUGGGCUCUGUAUAGGGCGGCGCGCACAUCAUGUGUUUGCGGUGCCUUCCGACGCGUCGAUCUCCGCGCCAUCGACGCGGCGUCUGCUCGAUGGUGCGGCGAUGCCGUUUCCUAAUCAUUCGAUCGACGGAGUGAUAUACGAGCCUGCGCAUCCGACGGUCGAUUUGCACGCAGGCGGUGGGUGACUGCCCCAGCAAGCUCCGUAUUCUCAACGAGGAAGGCUGCUUGAUGCGCCCGCGCUUGUCUCCAGAGGACCAGGACCUCGGCAGCAGCGCUACUUUGUAUUGUUAUCGUGAGCAGAGCGGCGGCGGCGGUGGUUCGACGGAGGUUUUCCCAUCUGCAGAUGUCCCAGAGGGCGAGAAGCCCUUGAAAGCGAAAGCUAAAGCCCGCAAAGUCGGUCAGCUGAACCUACGGGAGGAAGACGUCGUAAUGAAAACGGUUAACGAGCUCACGACGGACGUGCGGCUACCAGAUGGUUUUACCCGCGGAAACAACCAUGUAUGGACAUCAUCAUUGGACGAAGGGGCCGAGGAGGCGGUUCUCAAGCUCAUGCGGCUCCGUCACGACAUGAAAAAGGAAGGGCGAAUCGCGCUCUACGAGGUCGUUAACGUCGAGACAAUAUCGGUGGACGAUAUCCCCGACGGAUGGGCGCCCAAGAAAGGCACGAAGGCACACACGAAGCUGUUCCGCGGUUUGCCAAAGGUCAUCAAGACGACCUUUGGCAAACGUCUUGAUUCGGGCGUCGCGGCGGACGGCUGGUAGUCCUCGCUCGCGCGACGACUUCCUGCUUCUAGGGGUCGGCGAUGUCCCCACGAAGGCCGCCGGGCCCGCCACCUUGUCGACGGUCUGCGUGGUCGUAGACGUCGUCGCGGGCGCAGGAAGAAGCCCGUUACUACAGGUAGUGCGGGCCGCGGCGCGCGCGCUCCAGGGCGCCGACGGUAAAUGCGUCGCCCCGAGACCGAGCUUGUACCGCAUCCAGUCCAUCUCGCGGGUGGCCCGCACGCAAUCCACCCUAUUACAGCAAGGAACGCCGUCGAGCACAGACACGAACGUGCACCGGCACAUCGUGCAGGUCAUCAACACACACUCGACCUCGCCGACUAGGAAUACCGCAGCGCCACGGGAAGUAGCAGCCGCUGCGGCCACGGACUUGCACCGCUUCUUUUGAGAUCCGCGGCUCCGCGGCGCACCGCCCGAGGGGCUGAAACCGAGCGGCGGCGUCCCGAAUGACACACCCCUCCUUCGUGUGUGCGACGUGCCGCAGCCACCGCUGCAAUUGUUGUUAGUGCAAGACAUGUCGCUUCUCACCGCGCGCUGCGCGUGCGCUCAGUAAUUUGCUUUUAACGGUAGUUUGGCACAGUUUGCCCGUCCUUCGGCGCGUAGCGUGCGUCCGCGUCCUGCCGCUGCCACAGCAGCACAAUAGGCCUUGAUCGAGCUUCGCGCAGCGUGGUUACGGUCCGCGCGCGGCCUGCUGCGGUGAGCAACCGGCGCCGCAAUUCGCA